AUGGCUUCAGACAAUGGUAAGAGAGGAAGAUCUCUGACGAUUAAACCCAUUGAAAUCAUACUAAACAGGUUGCCAAAUGCUAUAAUAGGACAGCAACAACUCAAAAAAUACAUAACGGGCCCGGUCUACAAAUAUCUCUGCAAACUACUACUGAUAGGAAACAGUGGUUGGACCAACAGUAUAGAGUCUUUUCAAAGAGGCCAGGUGGGGAAGCUUUUUUUCCAAAACAAUUUUGCUGAUUCUGCAACAACUUUUAAGAUCCUCGCUUAUCUGGAUAAGCAACGAUACCCGUUACCCAUUGACGCCAAUGAGGGGCAUUCACCUUCUUUGUCUGAAGGAUUCAAAUCCACCAUUUCUAUUGUCCAGCAAAAACUACUGCUGGACGAUGUCGGAGAGGAUAUGAGUAGCGAUGAGGACGAUCACAUUUUGCCGCGAGAUAUAAACAUCGACUUUGUGAAUAAAACAUAUUCCAGCCAUGAUUUAGGAAAACUGCUUCAAAACGUGGAGUCUAAUAUAGAUAACUUGUCGGUUCAGAAAAAAUUGGAAAGGGACGAACUAACCAGGCUAGACCUCAUGAUAGAUGAUUUAAAAUCCAGAAAAUUAAAAAUCUUUGAAAAAAUCCAACUCAUUGAUAGCAAGUCCACCACUUUUGAAAAUGACGUAUCAUUAAUAAAGGACAGGAUAGAUUUCAUUAAGGAAUACAGUUUGGAAGCGGACGGUAAAGAAAAUAUACAGGGGAAUUUAGAAGAAGAGACAUUAUCUGAAGCCUCGUUCUCUACUGUGAAUGAAGAAGCAAUCUCGUUGCCGCAUAAUGAUAAAACUAGCGAUAAACGAUUAAAAGAUUUUUACAAGGGGCCCAAUAUGAAACGCCAACUUAAAAACAAGAAAUUAAAGAGUAUUACAGAUACACAUAGCCGAAAUUCUGUAACUUUCAGAAUGACCAUACCCCAUGGAGAACAUGGGAAUAGUAUAACCGCGCUUGAUUUCGAUAAACCGUGGGGUACUUUAUGUUCAUCAAGCUACCAAGAUCGUAUAGUGAAAGUUUGGGAUUUGAACCAUGGAGAGCAGGCCGGAGAGUUACCUGGUCAUCUCGCCACGGUCAACUGUAUGCAAAUGGAUAGAGUAAACUAUAACAUGUUGAUUACUGGAAGUAAAGAUGCCACUUUGAAAAUGUGGGACUUAAACUUAUGCAAAGAGCUUUAUUCGGAUCAAAGUCCCCUGAAACAGAAUGCGGAAGAAGAUGUUACACCAUGUGUCCAUAAUUUCGACUUGCAUAGUGACGAAAUUACAGCCUUAUCAUUUGAUUCAGAAGCUUUGAUAAGUGGCUCCAAAGACAAGAAAAUUCUCCACUGGGACUUGGUUACAGGUAAAUGUAUUCAGCAACUGGACCUGAUUGUCACGCCUACAUAUAACGACACUAAGGUGUUGGCACGCUCCGCCAACAAUAGCACAUGUGUGCUUGGCAGCGAAGCUCCAAUGAUAGGUGCACUUCAAUGCUAUAAUUCAGCGUUAGCCUCUGGUACAAAAGAUGGGGUUGUACGACUAUGGGAUCUAAGAGUCGGCAAGCCGGUGAGGGCACUGGAGGGUCAUACCGAUGGGAUUACGAGUUUGAAGUUUGAUUCUGAAAAAUUAGUCACGGGCUCCAUGGACAAUAGCGUAAGGAUAUGGGAUUUAAGAACAAGCUCAAUCAUUGAUGUCAUCACUUAUGAUUUGCCCAUUACUUCCUUAGAUUUUGAUGACAAAUUAAUUACUGUUGGUGCGAGCGAGAACGGAGUCAAUGUUUUUAAUAUGGAACGCGAUGAGCAUUGGAUGACGCCUGAACCACCAAACUCACUGAAGGGCGACGAGGCCAAUGAGAGAAUUGCUAUCGUCAAGUACAAAAACGGAUUCCUCAUCAACGGCCACAAUAAUGGAGAUAUCAACGUAUGGUCAAUCUAG